AUGCGGCGCACCUUUACUCUAGGCAAUGGUUGGGGGGGAGCCUCAGUCUACGAUAUAGCUUUCAAAUAUAUUUCAAAGAACAUUCCAGCUCCAGCUGCUUCUAGAUGGACUUCCUCCGGAUCUUCUCAGGUUGCAAAAAGGUAUUCUUCCGGCCUCAAAAGCUCUCCAUCGCCAUUGAGCCCCGCGCCUAAGCCAACCAACCCACAACUUUCUACCAGCCGUAUUCUUCAGCAAACAAGAACUGGACUAUCAUCACCAUGGCGGCCGAUAAUAUUCGAGUUACGACCUUUCCACACUUCAUCACCUUUGCAAAGCCCGGGGGCCUCGGAUAGGCAGGAUCAUAUCGAACGAGAACGGCAAAGACACGAAGAAGAGGAAGAGGAUAACAUUGAUGAACAAGGGGAUUUUACACGAAGUGAGAAGGCCUCCAAAGCGACACAAGUCAACCUGAGCGCAAGAUUACAGAGUAGUGGGAAAAAACAAGGAAAUACAGCUGCAUUUGGUGAAAUAUGGAGGUUACUCAAAAUUGCUCGGCCGGAGGCAAAAUGGCUCGGCAUAGCUUUUGCGUUCUUGUUGAUAUCCUCAUCAAUCACCAUGUCGAUACCAUUCUCAAUCGGAAAAAUUCUCGACUUAGCCACCAAAGAUCCUUCAGAAGGCGAAAAACUUCUUGGUCUGGACAUUGGUCAAUUCUUCAUUGCUCUCGCCGCCGUGUUGACCGUGGGCGCUGCAGCCAACUACGGACGUAUUAUCAUAUUGAGAAUAGUGGGAGAACGAAUUGUAGCCAGGCUUCGGUCACAAUUAUAUAGGCGAACGUAUGUACAAAAUGCGGAAUUCUUUGACGCCAAUCGAGUCGGAGAUCUCAUUUCUCGAUUGAGUUCAGAUACGGUUAUUGUUGGAAAGAGUAUUACUCAGAAUCUCUCGGACGGUCUACGGGCCAUUGUCAGUGGAGCUGCUGGAUUCACAGCUAUGGCAUGGGUAAGCUUAAAGCUUACGAGUAUUCUGUGUCUCAUGUUCCCACCCGUUGCAAUCGGUGCAUUCUUUUAUGGACGAGCGAUCAGAAAUCUAAGUCGGAAAAUCCAAAGAAAUCUGGGAACACUAACCAAAAUCGCCGAAGAGAGACUCGGAAACGUUCGCACAAGUCAAGCUUUUGCUGGUGAGACACAAGAGGUUGGCAGAUAUAACCGGCAAAUCAAGAAAAUAUUCUCACUAGGAAAGCGGGAAGCACUUAUAAGUGCAACGUUUUUCAGUUCGAGUGGAUUCUUUGGUAAUAUGACCAUUUUGGCCUUACUCUACACUGGUGGAUCGAUGGUCAAGAAUGGUUUGAUAAGUAUCGGUGAGCUGACAUCCUUCCUGAUGUAUACAGCCUAUGCCGGGUCAAGUUUGUUUGGUGUAUCCAGCUUUUACUCGGAACUCAUGAAAGGUGUUGGUGCCGCCAGUCGUCUUUUCGAGCUUCAAGAUCGAAAGCCGACAAUUCCUGCGACCGUUGGUACCAAAGUUAAGUCUGCACAAGGUGUGAUUAAAUUUCACAACGUCUCCUUUGCCUACCCAACGCGGCCAGCAGUCCUAAUCUUUGAUGGUCUCGACUUUGAAAUUCCUUCGGGUACCAACGUGGCAAUUGUCGGCCCCAGUGGUGGUGGAAAAUCUACCAUCGGUUCACUCCUAUUACGAUUCUAUAACCCUACAGAAGGAAAGAUCACAAUCAAUGGUCAAGAUGUAACAAAAAUGAAUGGGAAGUCUCUUCGCCGUCGAAUUGGAAUGGUUGGCCAAGAACCUGUCCUCAUGUCUGGCUCGGUUGCCGAGAAUAUUGCCUACGGAAAGCCCCAUGCCUCAAGAUCAGAGAUCAUCGCAGCCGCACGCAAGGCAAAUUGCCAGUUCAUCAGUGACUUCCCUGAAGGUCUCGACACACAAGUUGGAGCACGUGGAGCUCAACUAUCCGGAGGACAAAAACAACGAAUUGCAAUUGCUAGAGCGUUGCUCAAGAAUCCCGAUAUUCUCAUCCUGGACGAAGCAACAUCGGCUUUAGAUGCCGAAUCAGAAACCCUAGUGAACUCUGCUCUUGCAGCGUUACUAAGGGGUCAUAAUACAACUAUUUCUAUUGCUCAUCGUCUCUCAACCAUCAAGCGUUCGGAUCACAUCAUUGUCUUGGGCAACAAUGGAAAGGUUGCUGAAACAGGGACAUACAACUCAUUAUCUAAUAACCCUAGAUCCGCCUUUUCUAAAUUGAUGGAAUGGCAAAUGAGUGGAGGUGAUACAGCAGAUCACAGACCUGUUGAAGUAGAAGGUCAUUUCACAGAAUCCGAGGAGAUCACAGAUGAAUUAUCUCGUCUGAAUGAUUCCGAUGCGAGCGAGGGUGAAGCUAUCGUGGAAGGAACCAAGGAACGAAAAGAAGAUGAGACCAAGACGGAAGCUGUUUUGGAAAAGACAAACAACCGAAUUAAGUAG